CACACGCACUGACCCACACCCCCCGCACCGCUCUCUCCCCACCCAGGCACCCAGCCUCCACGCCACAGAUCUCUCUCCCUUUCCCCCCUCUCUCUCUCUCCGAACUCUACCCCGCAGUCUCGGCCGCGGCCAUGGCGGAGGACGCCCCCAACGCCGUCGCCGAGGGCAGCCAGCCCGCGGCCUCCGAGGGAUCCGCCGACGCCGCCCUGCCGGCUGCCGCGGGCGCCAAGGCCGCGGAGGCGCUGCUCCCGUCGCUCAGUAUCUGGCCGCCGUCGCAGCGCACGCGCGACGCCGUGGUGCGCCGCCUCGUGCAGACGCUCGCGGCGCCCAGCGUCCUCUCCCAGCGCUACGGUGCCGUCCCGGAGCCCGAGGCCGAGCGCGCCGCCGUGGCCGUCGAGGCCGAGGCCUUCGCCGCCGCCUCCAAGUCCGCCGCCGCCGCCGCCGAGUGCCCGGCCUCCGUCGAGGAGGGGAUAGAGGUGCUCCAGGCCUACUCCAAGGAGGUCAGCCGCCGCCUCCUCGAGCUCGCCAAGACCCGGUCCGCCGCUGCUGCGGCGGCGCCCGCGCCCGCCGAGGGGAGCGCGCAGGCGCAGGAGUCCGCGGAGGCCUCGUCGGCGACUGCUCCACCUACCGAGGAGGCUGCCGUAAACGAGGAGUAAGGCGUCGGACCGCGCUUUGAUCCACCGACAAUUGCUGUUAUUUUGGCAUUUCGUCGGAAUGUUAUUUAUCGUCCCCCCUGCCUAUGUUUACUAGUACAUCAUUAUCUAUCUAUCUAUUAGAGAUGAGAUGCUUGUGACAAGAGGGACUGAUGUUUGUUUCAUGGAUAUGAUAUUCUCGAAUAUUUAUCGCUAGUUUAUUUUUAACUAAACCGUGACAAUAAAAAAACGGAGGGAGUAAUAUUGAAUUAUUAUAUAUCAACCGUGCAUCCUUUCG